CCGGUUGCCAAUUGAAGCAUGGCGCGACGGACCAGGACACCACGCGUUGUCUCGUCGUCAACAACCACGAUGAGGGCGCACACGCCCCAGAAGCAGCACGACGACGGCUCGCCGGGAACUGCCCAAGGCAACUCGGGCGCAACCCGCUUCAGAGCGAGCACUGGUGUUGCUGGACCUCCGCGACCACAGGCAUGGCAGAGCAGGUUUGGAUCCUCUAUGAGAGCCACAUCCAGUCAGCAGCCGACCUUCAAUCUCUUAACCGGCGAGACAUCUGUGCCGAGUGCACCAGGCACUCAGCUACCCCGACGGAGCCUAAGCGGCGGCCGCGGCGGUCACUAUCCCACCUCGCAGCGCGUCGCUUCCCGCGAAAGCAGCAAAGAAAACAUGGCGCCCCCCGACGCCCAAGAGUACGAGACGCAGCGGCGUCGGAUCGAGGAGCUCAAGGCCGAGGUUGGCGCCCUCAACUACCGUGUAUCGGCCUACGACCAGGAGAAGGAGAUGCUACGGCUGCAGCACGACUCGGAGCUGCGCGACGCCCGCCGCCGUGCGGAGGAGGACUUUAAACUUAAACAGGCCGCCGAUGCGGAACGCGACACAGCCCGCAGGUCCGCCGAGGCCCUACAAGAGGAGCUCGAUAGCCUAAGGUCCGAUGGGGACGACAAGGUUCGGGCGCUCGAGAAGCGCGCGCGCGAGGCGGAGGAGGAGGCCAGUUUGCUGCGCGAGCAGCUACAAGAUCUGAGCUCGGCGCGUGAUGGGGAGGCACGCAUGGCUGAACGCAAGACGAUGGAGCUGCGGAAGCAGGCCGAGAAUGCACAAAGGAUGGCCACGGAGCAGGCCGAAGAGGCCGAGGAGCGCGAGGCGGCGCUGGCCAAGGCCAGGACCCAGCUCGCCGAGCGGGACGCCACCAUUGGGCAGCUCGAGGCCGACGUGCUCCGGCUCAAGGCGCAUACCGGAGACGCAGAGACCAUGGCCGUCAUCCGUCGCGAGCUGACGGACCAGGUCCAGCACAUCCGCGCCCUCGAGGCCACCAACCGCGACCAGCUGACCGAGCUCAAGCGCUUGCGGCAGGCGCGCAAGGCGGUCGAGGUCGUUGAGGAGGAGAAGCGAUCACUGCAGCGUCGGCUCGAGCUCUCGGCCGACUUGGAGACCGAACUCGAAGAGGAAAGGAUACAGCGCCAGAGGCUCGAGGACGAGCGGGCCGCCUGGACUGCCUACCUGCAGAACGAGGCCGUAUCUUCUGACGGCGAGACCGAGCUUGACUCGCCCGAAGCCGUCGCCCGCGCAUUAGUGCAAGAAAGGCUCAACUCGGCAUCUCUACUGGAGAAGCUGGGAUCCCUGGAACCUGAGCUUGGACAGAGGGAGGAGGCGAUUAGGCAACUCGAGGUGGAGAAGGCGGAGCUGAGCGCCGAGCUGGAGAAGGUCAAGUCCAUGCCCCGCGCCGAACCAGCGGGUCCGGCGGACAAGGGCCGUCUCCGGUUAGAGCGGCAGCGUGCCCUGGCAGUCAAGGAGGUCGAGUACCUGCGCGCGCAGCUCAAGACCUUUGAUGCCGAAGACGUCGCCUUCCAACCCGAGAACUUCGACCAGGCAAAGGCGGAGCGCGUCCAGCAGCUCGAAGACCUCGUCGACAAGUACAAGGCCGAGGUGCAAAGCCUGCACCAGGAGAUGUCCUCUCUCGAGUCCUCGGCAACCUCGCCCGCCGUGGCCGCCGCGGCCGGGACCAAGCGCCCACGCGAGAGCGACGAGAACCACGUGUCGUCGGCCGUGCAGUCGGAGCAGCUCGGGCAGCUGGCGCGCAAGAACCGCAAGCUCCAGGAGGAGCUGGCGGCGCUGCAAAAGUCGCACCGGCUCGCCGACAAGGAGCUCCGGGUGGCCAAGGCGCAGGUGUCGACGGCCAAGGAGUCGUCGCGCGUGCGCGUGCUCUCGCUCCGGUCCAACCCGACGUCGGACCACGAGGCCGUCAAGGCGUCGCGGCUGCGGGCGCUCGAGCGCGAGAACGCCGAGCUGCUCGAGCACGUGGCGCGCAAGGGGGCCGCCUCGUCGUUCCGCACCGUCCCGCUCUCGGCCCUGGACGCGGCCCGGCGCGAGGUCGAGGACGCAAAGGCCGAGGCGGCCUCGGCGCACAAGACCAGCAAGCGGCUCAAGGAGGUCUGGGCGGCCAAGAGCGGCGAGUUCAAGGAGGCCAUCUUCAGCACCCUCGGCUGGACCGUCACCUUCAUACCCAACGGCAAGAUGCGCGUCGAGAGCGUCUACCACCCGUCCGAAUCGGACGAGCACGAGAACAGCAUCGUCUUUGACGGCGAGCGCGGCACCAUGAAGGUCGGCGGCGGGCCGCGCAGCGCCUUUGCCCAGAGGAUCGACGACCAGAUCCGCUUCUGGGUCCGCGAGAAGGGCUGCAUCCCCGGCUUCCUGGCCGCCCUGACGCUCGAGUUUUACGAGGAGCACUCCAAGUCGUCGAGGCCGGGCUGAGGCGGGAGGGUUGAAGUUUGAUCAUCUGCACGUUCUUUUCAUGUAUUUGCUGCUAUAAAAUAGCACGAAUCAUUGGCCAAUAUUCUGCUAGAAUCUUGUUUUUUUUGUCUCUAGUCCAGACAGUUUCUUUAUGGAAACAUGCUUUUUUGUCGUCAAACCUGCGUUGUUCCUCUGCGCAUCGCUACAAACUUGGUACGCGAAUAGCAAAACAGGUAGAGGGGACCGGCGCUCUACAGUAAUUUUACCACGAUGUCAGGCCCGUUGCCAUGUCUCUUCGCGGGUCAAGCCCAAAGAUGUAAUAUGCUAUAUACCGACUAGACAUUAAGGAAAGGACGGCAAAGCCAAAAAGGCAAAGACCCUCCCGGUUGAAAUGCUACAAUGAAGCAAGUCGGUCUCAAC